CGAGCGCUUCACGAGCACCUUUUUGAGUUUGGGCCAUCUUCAGCCUGGCGUGCUUCAUCACACGCCAGUUCCUCCGCGAGAUUCAUUUUGGCAGAGGAAAAAAGUACUUUCGUUAUGCUGUCAGGACGACGGCCAAGUCUGCAGGUCUCUACUUCUGGUACUGGCGCUAUCGAAGCUCUCCUUUCUUCGCAAGACUACAAAGAGUUCUCUAGCCAUGGGUUUGACGCAACUCAGUAUGCCAAUCGCGUCAUUCAGGCACCUGCAGAUAGCCCAUUUCACGGAAUGGAUAUUGCCACGGCGUUGGCAAAGCUGAAUUUUGGCAUUGAGCAUCUGAACAAGCAUAUCCAUGAUCAGGUUGCAAGUCACUAUGAAGAUCUAUUGCAACAGGUCACGGGCUUAUCGCACAUUGAGGAGGUUUUGUCAACUGUCAAGAGCGGACUGGGCUCUCUAAAUGCAUCUUUUGAAAGAGUACGCGAGAAGAUAGUAGAUCCAUAUCAGCAGAUGAGAGAUAAGAGUGUGCAAUUGGACCGGAUACAACGAACAGCCGAGGUGCUGCGUCGCAUAAUACGCUUUAUGUACUUGCUACGCCGGCUCGAAUUGUUAAUGCCUGGAGGGGAGCGGGAACUACCAAAGGCGGCUCUUACCGUUAGUGAAAUGGAUGCCAUUAUAGCCGAUGAGGACCUUCACGGUAUUGCCAUUAUCGAGUCAGAAAGUGAUCUUGUAACUCAGGCGAAGGAGCGAAUUACCACCGAAGGGGAACAGUUACUACUGCGCGGGUUGUCUGCACAGACCGCAGAUAUAGCAACAGGUCUUCAAGUUUUCUUUAACUUGGGACAGCUCGCAUCGAAGACUCGACAGCUUGUAGAGCAAAUGUUACAGAGCAUUACUAAGGACAUUCAAGCGGCGCUGGACGUCGUCAAGUUGAACAAAGAAAUUAAAGAGGCGUCCCUGGCCGGUGACUCUGCACGCCGUCCUGGCGACACCCCUUUUUUGAGUUCAUCCGCAUCCGCAAGCAAUGGGCUAUGGAGCAGACUGGAACGUCUGAUGGACAGCAUCUUCGAAAAUGCUAAUAAAAUAUACCAACUUGAGAAAGUGCUUGGACGGAAGCGUGACCCUGUAACGCAUGUCCUUUUCUUGGACGAGGUCAACAAAGGAAUCAACGGAGACUUGCUCGAUUAUUUCUGGAAGGGGCUAUCAGCCUCUUUAGAACGCGAAAUUCGUCUUGCCACAAAAGCGUCACAAUUUCUUCUCCACGCCUUUCAAACCGGUUACCCCCGGCUCUUGCGGCUAGUGCAUAACGUCUUCACACGGCUUUCUGUUGUCAGCGGGAUUGAUUACAGUGACGAGACGCAAAGGCCAGACAGUCUUUUAAUUCUUCGAACUUUAUCUCCAUUCGAAGGGGCAUACCUAUCCCGGUCUCUUUCACGACUUCUUGAACCUGUCAAUACAGCAUUUCCUGAAAGGCCUGGGCCUGGCGUGAGACCGGUUCCUAGUCGAGAUGACGUGGACAAAAUCAUAAGAGCGUUGAGCAGUGAGAUGGAGGUAGCGAAAUUCGAUGCACACCUGGUAAAGGCUGUAUCAAAGAAUGGCAAUAAAGCUAUAAGAAUGUAUGCUGUCAAGUGCGAGCAGUUGUAUGGUGCAGAAGCACAUGUACAGUUCAGUGGAACCGGUCCGGCCUCACAGUCCCAAGCUCUUGUCAUUGAGAUUAUCAACUCGUUGUGGUGGAUGCAGCAGAGCCUCUUGCGUCUUCUGGAAGAGUUUGAAAAGGGAGCCAGUGACGAUCCUUUGAGCGACGCCGCCCAGGGCUUAUCCAAAACGCUGCAGAAUAUCGUGGAACGAAGUUUCAAUCAGAUUACUCGAGAUAUGGAAAAUGUGCUCAUGAAGAUACAUAGGGAAGAUUUUGCGAGUCGACACGCGUCGCCUUCACGGGGACCUGUGGAAUCAUCCACAAGUCAGUACGUGGUAGAGUUUGCCACUAGAAUUCGAUGGCUUCAUCGAGAGCUCCUGUCAAAAUUGCAGUGUGGCAAGGAUUCACGCGAGUGGAUUCGGGCACUUGGACAGCGUGUCGUCGACUUUUUCCUCCGCCAUGCUAGCUUAAUACGACCCAGUAAUGAAGUCAUUGGACGAUUAUUGGCUGGAGACAUGACCCAAUUAGAGUUUGUUCUGAGCCAGUGGUUCGGAGCAAUGGGAAUGAAGCUGGAGCGAGAUCUAGGUGAUAGCUACAGGGCUCUGCGGACGUUCAGACAUUUGCCUUUUCUGGAUCUCGAUCAAGUACGGGAUUUGUCUCGAAGCCAAACACUGCCACCUCUUAUUUUGCUCCAGCACCUACUUGCCCGCUCACAUCCAUCCAUACCCUCUCCCAUGCUCCUGUACGGCUGGAGUGCAACACAAUACAGUGAAUGGCUAGAUCUUCAUUCUACCCAAGAAGCCAUGCAACUACUAGAUCGAUGCUUGGAUAGUUAUGCAGACGAAAUGAAGCGCAGGGGAGACAGAUCAUUAUGCCCUGAGUUCAAUGCUGCAAAAGAGAUAGUGAAGCAGAACACAAAGAAAUAGACAUUGGGCGGGUGUGUUGUAUUUUUACAUGCCAAUGACCACCUUUCUCAAAAAUCUCCAUACGAAG